UUUGAUGCUGUUUUUAGUUUUUUUUUCUUUUGGAUUUUUCAAAUGUUUUUAGUUUUUUUAAAGAGAAGGUUUCAAAAAACAAUUUUUUUAAAAAAAUCUAAUGAAUUUUCAAAGGUAAAAAAGGAGUAAUUUUAGAGAUAUAUUUUUUAUAAAAAAAAUAAAAAUUAGUUUAAAUGCAUUAAUAAGAUGUAUCAAUUUUUUUUUGUAUUAAUUUUUAAUUUUGAUAUAUAUAAAUAUUAUGCACAAGGGAGAGGUCAAGAGAGGAAUUGGAGGGUUUAAUUUUGAUUUUUCUAGAUGUUAGGGUUCGACCUGUAAAUUUGCGCUGAGAUUAGUGCAGUAACCGUCAAUGGACGGCUCUGAUAAGUGGAUUUAAAAGGAAGAGGCCUCCCGGUUUAAGUUUUAAGCCGAAGCAAAAUCGGCACCAGAGCGAGACGCCGCUGCUGUCGCCGUCGCCGACGAUGGAGUUCUGCGCAAGCUGCGGGAAUCUGCUGCAGAUCCAACCGGGGAUUGGCCAGAGGGUUCGCUUCUAUUGCCCCACUUGCCCCUACGUUUGCACCGCCAUCAAUAAGAUUGUCCGGAGGCAACGAUUGGUGAAGAAGGAGUUGGACCCCAUCUUCAGCGGAGCCGACGCCAUGAAGUUUGCCUCUAAAACCCAAACAACGUGCCCAAGAUGCCAUCACGGAGAGGCAUACUUCAGGCAAAUGCAAAUUCGAUCGGCCGACGAACCAAUGUCGACAUUCUACCAGUGUUGCAAUGAGAUAUGCAACCAUCAAUGGCGAGAAGACUAGUAAUACAUCAGUUGCAACUGGAAUAGCCGAGUGACAUCUAUUACUGAACUUAUUUCUGCUGUCUGGAUUUCAGAGUCAAUAUUUUAGUUUUACUUUGUGCAUUAUCAGUAAAUUAAAGUUGAUUUUAUUGUCCCUAAACUAGGUUAACACUUAUUACACUUAUCUAAUCCAUAUCAUCACUGUUACGGAUUAGCAAGUAAAUUAGUGUCUUAUGUUAA